CGCACAUUAAUUCCACUUAAAAUCAGUGAGAGGAAAAACAAAACAAAAAACACUAAAGAAAAAGCUCAAAAAAUAUCCAACACCAAUGGUCGAACCAAAGCCCGGACCGCCGUCCAUACCUCCUCCACCUCCACCGCCACCGCCGCCGCCAGCUGCAGACGGCGGCGUGGAGGCCCCGGGAGUGGUCAGUUUCGGCGGUUUCUUCAAAAUGGGUCGGCCAAAGUUGCGAGUAACAUCCGAAUUCGACAGCGAGAGCUCCGUUUUCUUCAACAAAAUCUCGUGCAAAUUAUUGGACAAUCUGGCCAAACUCAAGCUCACUUUUCAAAAUGGCAGCAACGGGGAGGUGUUGGAGCCGCAAAUAUUCUUGAAUUCAAAAUUCUUGUCGCUGCAAUACGACGUCGAAGAGAGCGAUGCGUUGCUCAAAGCAAACUUCGAAAUCGCACCAGGCUUGCAAUUCAGGGCCGCGCACGAAUUCAAGGCCCGGCAAGGAGAAGUUGCGAUGGUUGCAGAUCUUGCAGGACCGGCAUACAAAUUUGAAUUGUCAUCUGCCGUUCCAUCUAUAGGCAUGCCGAGAGCAACUUUGAAAUUUCCUCUUGGUGAAAUUUCACUUGAAGAGAAAGAUGAGGAGAUAGAGGAACAGAAGAGAGCUAUAUCAGUGAAUGGUAUCAUUAAAAGUCAUAUUCUGGGUGGAAUUUAUACAGCCCGAUUCAGUGAUGAAAAUCUGGAUUUACGAUAUGCAUACAAGGAUGGGGAAAUGACGUUCAUUCCAAGCUUAUCUCUACCUUCAAACGCGUUGGCUUGUGCAUUUAAGCGGAGAUUUAGUCCUUCAGACAAGUUGAGCUACUUGUACAAAUUCGACACAAACCAUUGGAGUGCAGUGUAUAAACACAAAGUCGGGAACGACUACAAAUUAAAAGCUGGUUAUGAUGCUGAGGUACGCCAUGGUUGGGCGUCACUCUGGGUUGGAGAUGAAGACGGCAAAGCCAAGACGGCCCCCAUGAAGAUGAAGGUGCAGAUCAUGGUCCAAGUUCCUCAAGACAAUAUCAAAUCAACGGCUCUGAUGUUCCGUGUCAAGAAGAGGUGGGACUUUUAAGAGCAUCUCCAUUUGCAUCCUGUUGUGCCAAAUCUCUCCUGUUGAAAACACUCCCAGCGUUGUUAAAUUUUUCAUAGCUGUUGCAGUACAUAUACAGAUAUGCAGGUUCGAUUUUCUAAUAGUUGGAUGAUAAUAAAAUGGAUUAGUUUCAA